AUGUCUCAGCAGUAUCUCAAGGGCAAGACGGCGAUCGUGACCGGUGCCGGAAAGUUGAACGGUAUAGGUGCAGCAACGGCCAUUGCGCUCGCCGAACAGGGCGCCAAUGUUUUGAUCCAAUACAACAGCUCAGCAGCCGCGGCAGAGGAGGUCGUGUGUAGGCUCAACAGUCUUGGUGUUCAUGCUGUUGCUGCCCAAGCCAACGCUGCUGCGGAGGACUUUGGGAAGGUCCUGGUGGAUGCUGCCUUGAAAACAUUCAACACCGACACCAUCGACAUCAUUGUCAACAAUGCCGGAACCGCGACUGUUCAACCGGAAGGCAUUGCCUCUGCCGCUUUCGAGGAUUGGGAUAAUGUCUUCCACGUCAACGUUCGCGCACCGUACAUGCUCAUUCAAGCUGCCCUUCCAUACAUGAAGGCGGGCGGACGCAUCGUCAACAUUUCUAGCAUCAUCGCCCGCCUCGGUUCCAAGAUGCUGCUUGUGUACGGCGCUUCCAAGGGAGCAUUGAACUCCCUGACUGUGGCCAUGUCCGAAGAACUGGGGCCCAAGGGAAUCACCAUCAACGUCGUAGCGCCGGGACCGAUCUCCACCGACCUGAGCAUGCAAGGGUCGCCCAUUGCAACCAGGCUGAGCAACAAUCAGGCUAUCAAGAGAGAAGGAACACCCAGAGAGGUUGCCGAGACUGUUUUGUUCAUGGCAAGUCCUGGCAGCAGCUACAUCACCGGUCAGGUCAUUGGUGUGGAUGGUGGCAUCGGGUUCCCUUGA